AUGAAGUUUUUGUUAUUUGUAUUUUUAUCAAUUAUCUUUCAAAUAAGUGCCAAUAAAAUUCUUAUUCUUAUUGAUGAUGUAACAACACGUGAGACACAUUCAAUAUUUUUAGAUUCAUUAAAAGCUCGUGGUCAUACAGUAACAACACGAUUUGCUGAUGAUGCAACAUUAUCACUAUUUAAAUUUGGAAAAAGAAUCUUUGAUGAUGUUUUUAUUCUUGCACCAUCAGUUCAUAAAUUUGGAGGAGCCAUCAAUGCUGAACAAAUAAACCAAUUUGUUGAUGAUGGAGGAAAUUUACUUGUUACAGGUUCAUCAAUUAUUGGUGAUGCUAUUAGAGAAAUUGCUGUAGAAUUUGGUUAUGAAUUUGAUUUACCAAAAACAUCUGUUGUUGAUCAUUUUAAUUAUGAUAAUAUUUUAGAUGAUGGUCAUCAUAGUACAAUUGUUAUUAAUAAAGAACAAAUGAUUAAUAGUAAAUUUAUUGUUAGAAAUGUUGAACAAAAUGGUCCUCUUCUUUUCAAGGGUGUUGGACUUCUUUCACACAAAGGAAAUAACCUUAUUUUGGAUAUUGUUAAUGGUUAUCAAACAUCAUAUUCUUACAAUCCUAAUUCAAAGACUGGUAAACCAGCUAUUGCUGGAAAGGAUUUGGUACUUGUUGGUGGUGUACAAGGUAGAAAUAAUGCACGAGCUGUAUUUGUUGGUUCUUUAGACAUGUUUUCAAAUGAAUUUUUCAAUUCACCUGUUCAAUCUGUUGGUGGUGUAAAAGAACAACUUAGUGGAAAUAAAAAUUUUGCCAUUCAAUUAUCUAAAUGGGUUCUUCAAGAAAAUGGUGUUCUUAAAGUUGUUUCUGUUAAACAUAAUGUUGUUGGUGAACGUGAAGCACCAGAGAUGUACACAAUUAUGGAUGACAUUGAAUACAAAAUUAAGAUUGAAGAAAAGAAAGACGGUAAAUGGGUUCCAUUUACUCCAUCAGAUCUUCAACUUGAGUUUGUUCGUAUUGAUCCAUUUAUCAGAAAAACAUUAGAUAAAAAAGGUGAUACUCUUUGGACAACAUUUAAAUGUCCAAAUGUUAAUGGUGUUUAUAAAUUUAAGAUUGACUAUCAUCGUCGGGGAUAUUCUCAUUUGACAAAUAUUAUAACAAUUCCCGUUAGACCAUUUGCUCAUACACAAUAUGAAAGAUUUAUCAGAACAGCUUAUCCAUAUUAUGCUGGGGCAUUCUCUAUGAUGGGUGGAUUUGUAUUGUUUUGUAUUUUCUUCCUUUACUCAAAAGAGUCAGAUUCUGUUACAGUAGAAAAGAAGACGAAUUAA